AUGGCGUUACAGGCCUUACUGUUUGCGCUUUUCAGUGUAGUUCUACCUCUCGUAGUCGUCUACUUGAACAGUCUCUCAAAGCCACUGAGAGGGAUUGAACUUGUCGGACCGAAGCCUCAAGGAUGGACCUCGUGGAAGGCGGGUGAAACUUUCAACUCGAACGGUAUAUCUAUUCUUCAAGAGGGGCUCAAGAGGCUGAAGAACAAACCAUUCCAGGUGCUCACGCACACAGGCCCCAAGAUCAUUCUCCCGCCAUGCUACGUCGACGAGAUCAAAAGUGACCCGAGGUUCUCGCUCGAUUUACCAAACGACAAUGACUUCUUCGUCCGCUGGCCCGCGUUCUCACCCCAGGCCAUGUUCACACGCAAUCACACUCUGAUCCAGAUGAUCAACUCCAAGCUGACCCCUUCCCUCACGCGUAUCACGGCGCCGGUUAACGAAGAGAACGAGCUGGCCGUCCGGGAGCUGUUCCCCCCCACUGACUCUUGGAACUCGACUCCUUUUGCCGAACAUAUGCUCUCGUUGACCACGAGGACUUCCUCCCGCGUUUUCGUCGGGCUGCCUAUGUGUCGAGAUCCAGUGGUUCUGACCGCCAUGCGAGACUACUCGGCGGAGCUGGUGGCGGCCGCGCAAGCGAUGAUGAAAUGGCCCCUGCUCCUCCGGCCGUUUGCCUACUUGUAUCUCCCCGAGGUGAGGAAGCUGUCCAAGACGGUCCAGAUUGCUCGUCGCUGCCUGGGCGCGGAAAUCGCACGGCGUGUCAAGGCUCACGGGGGCCGAGAUGAAGUUGGUCAUCUACAAUGGUCGCAGACCCGGAGCCUCGACGCGGUCGAGUGGUUGCGGGAGACGGUGCGUGCUCAAGGGAAGAAGUUCGACCUGGUGGGCGGCCUCCUCAGCCUCGCUUUUGGUGCCAUCCACACGACGUCCCACACCCUGACACACGUCAUGUACGACAUCAUCGAGAACCCGGACCUGAUCCCCCAGUUGCGGCAGGAGAUCAUAGACGCGUUGAGGGAGGAUGGUGGCUGGAAAAAGACGACCUUGUACAAACUAAAAUUACUGGAUUCGGUAAUGAAGGAAAGUCAACGCGUGUUGCCAGUACGGGCAGUCCUUUUCCGACGUGUCACUCUGGAAGCUGUAUGCUUGAAAGAUGGCACCGAGCUCCCCAGGGGAGUAGAGGUGAACAUUCCCAAUCUCCACAUGCGCGACGAGGCAACCUACGGCGAAGCAGGACGGUUUAAUGGAGCCAGAUUUCUCAAUCUGCGCAGCCAGGCCGGGAAUGAGAGCAAGUACCAGUAUGCCACGACGGGCGUGGAUAGUCUCGGUUUUGGCCACGGACAGCACGCCCGUCCCGGACGAUUCUUUGCCACGUUACAAGGUCUUUCGAGACAGCGUGGAGGCGGCGACGGACUAUCUGUCGCGGGAUCAAGGAUAUCGUCAAAUAUCGACCUUCCAGAGUACAGUCAGUCCCUUUGUACUGUCGUGCAAGUUGCUCUGGUCGAUCUCUUGUCCUCAUGGAACGUCAACCCGGUAUCCGUUGUGGGUCACUCAAGCGGCGAAAUAGCUGCAGCCUACUGUAUCGGCGCCAUCAGCAAGCAAGCCGCUUGGAAGAUCGCGUACCAUCGCGGGAUCCUAUCUUCGCAACUCAAGAGUCUUGCUCCAGAGCUGGAAGGGGCCAUGAUGGCUGUUGGAGCCUCGGAAACUCAAGCGCAAGAGUAUAUUCAAAAAGUAACGGAAGGAGAAUUGGUCGUGGCUUGUGUCAACUCGCCCUCGAGUGUGACCAUAUCUGGAGACGCCAUUGGAAUUCGCCACCUGACAAACAUGCUCGAAGGAUUGAAAGUCUUCCACCGCAGGCUAAAGGUGAACACGGCCUACCAUUCGCCGCAUAUGCAUACUAUUUCAUCCAUAUACAUGCACUCUCUGAGUGAUGUGCAAGCCCAGGAAUCUAUCGAGGGUCGCCAGAUGUUUUCAAGUGUGAUCGGAGAUCUCGUGGACCCUGCUGAACUGGGGGCAAUGAAUUGGGUGAGAAAUCUCGUAUCUCCAGUUCUUUUCACGGACGCGGUGUCCGCUCUGCUACAGACAGGUCCGGAUGGACGUCGCUGCGCAGGCCCCAGCGUCGACAUCUUCGUCGAGAUAGGGCCUCACCCAGCACUUCGCGGCCCAGUCAAUCAGAUCAUGGAUAGUCUCGGAGUCAAAGGCAUUGAAUACCGAACCAUGCUUCACCGGGGCCAACAAGCCGUUGAUUCUGCGCUGACCUGUUGUGGAGAUCUCCACGUCCUAGGAGUGCCGGUUAAUAUUGAGAAGAUCAACGACAGCCCUGCAGGGAGGACUCCUCGGAUGCUCGUUGAUCUACCACCGUAUGUAUGGAAUCAUUCGCGAACGUUCUGGGGCGAGUCUCGUCUAGCACAGCAGUUUCGUCUUCGCAAAUUUCCCUCCAUCGGCCUUCUUGGAGCGCCCUAUCCUUCACCCAACAGUGAGGAGGCAGUAUGGCGCGGCUUCCUCCGCAUCGAGGAAGAACCAUGGAUUGAGGACCAUCAGAUUCAGUCCUCCAUACUCUAUCCCGCCGCUGGCUAUCUCGCCAUGGCCAUCGAAGCUGCACGACAGCUGAGCGAUGUCAACCGAAAGGUCAGCGACUUCCGGCUUCGAGAUGUAAUCAUCUCCUCAGCGGUUGUUCUCAAGGAAGGGGAAGACGUCGAAUGCGUUUGCCAGCUCAGACCUCACCAGGUGGGAACUCGAGACACAUCGUCGACUUGGUGGGAAUUCACCAUUUCCACCUGUGUGGCGGGGACAAAUCAGUUGAAAACGAAUUGCACCGGUCUGAUCUUGGUUGAAUACUGUGUGACGGAGGACAGUGCAGCGCAUGCUGAGAUACACCUGGAGAACAAGAGUGUAAAAGCCCGUUUCAAAGACAUGGAAAAUGACUGCACCAGCAAAGAAGAUGCCGUCGAUUUCUACAAGGAGCUUGCUGCUGUUCCCAAGACGGGUUCUGUUGCUGCCCAAGUACAGAACGGCAGACCCCACAUCAUCCAUCCAGCUACACUUGAUGCCAUCUUUCAUCUUUCAUUUGCAGCGUUGAAAGGAGGGUCGGGGACCCUGAAGGAGGCCAUGGUACCAACUGCGAUCGACGAAGUCAUUGUUGCAGCCAGUGCACCUUUUCACGAAGGUGCACGUUUCCGAGGCUUCUCGACAGCGGCCAAGCACGGAAUGAAGGAACUCAAAGCAGAUAUUGUGAUGCUGGAUGAGAUGGUUGAAAGGCCUCUGGUCAGGAUUCGGGGCUUCACCUGUGCUGCAUUCUCAGGGUCAGGUAUUGAUGCAUCUGCAGAAAACGAAGAGAUGACAGAGAGAGGCAUGUGCAGCAAGCUGGUUUGGAAGCCAUGCCUUGGUCUGUUAUCUAACGAAGAGCAAUUUGAGCUUUUCAGCAAGGUGGGCCCCAGCACCAUGACACCUGAGGAGUCGAGACAUUUCAAGAAAUCCGAGUAUCUGGCUUUGAUGUUCAUGCGGCAAAUUGUGGACCAUGUGAAGUGGAGCAGUGUGGCGCCCGAACAGCACCUUCGGAGACUCUAUGAGUGGAUGAAGAACCAACAAGAACUUGUUAUGGCCGGCAAGCAUCAGCUUCAACACACAUUCGGCGACGACUUACCGGACCAAAUUGCAAAAGAUGCCAAUUCCGAGUUCCAUUCCGUAGAUUCGGACGACCAAAAGCUUUAUUUGACGGCCACGAUCCUUACACAAAUCUUACUUGGGCAAUUGAAGGCUGAGCGGCUUAUGCUUGAGGAGAGUCUUUUGGACCGAUACCUCUCGAACACUCCCGGAGUCGGAGCCUGUGCCAAUAAGCUAGCAGAGGUUGUGGACAUGGUCCUCUUCUCGCAGCCUUCGGUUUCUAUUCUGGAGUUUGGUGGUGCUAGUGGAGGGGUUGCUGCUAAGGUCCUCAGCCGGCGACGAGGUAUCUUUACCAACUAUACAUAUGCAUGUCCCACAGAAGCCAUCAAAGGACUUGCUGAAGAGACGCUCAAGCCAUGGAGCUCGGCGUCGAAGUUCUUGGUUGACGAUCUCAGUGCAGCUGAGCAGAGAACGACUGACACCGAGACAUACGACAUCAUUAUAGCCGCCAACGCACUCUAUGGCGUCGAAUCCAUUGAAAACGUCCUGGUUGAUCUGAAACGCAUGCUCAAUCCGGGAGGGCGAUUAUGUCUGAUCGAGACCACGAGACCUGGUAUCCAAUUGUCAUGCGCUUUGGGUUGUUUUCAAAGCUGGUGGAGGAAGGGCGAAAGUGCCGCCAUGGACGAAACCGAGUGGCGUGCACUUCUAAACCGCAUAGGAUUCGAGUCUGUCAUACCAUACCCUGAUUUUGAGGACGAAACUUGUCAACAAUUCAGCUUGAUGGUGGCUCAGGCCCCUGAUCCCUCCUGGAACACAGUUACGCCCGGAAAAGAGUUCGUCAUCGUCGAACCGCGAGAUCCUACGCGCGUCUCAGCUGCACUUGGUUCCAAAAUAGCUCUCGAGCUCACUGAGGCUGCCUGUCGAUGCAGCCUUGUCAAGUGGGGAGAUCUAUCUGCGUUACAGACCGGUGGCAGUGUCAUCGUGCUUGCGGAGGUGGAACUGGCUCUGCUGCCAACCCUGAAUGACGAAGAUUUCUCAUUUAUGCAAUCUCUCAUUCUGAAAUCCUCAGACGUGCUCUGGGUCAGUUCUCACGAUCAGCCAACAGCAUCAAUGGCGUCAGGACUGGCCCGUAGUGUUCGGAAUGAAUGUGCCAAUAUCCGCUUCCGCAUAUUGCAAGCAAUGCCGAAGUCUCUGGAAGUGCCUGAUCACUUGGCGUCGCAUAUUGUCAAGCUCACGACGUACCCCGGCACGGACAGUGAAUUCGUCGAGAAAGAGGGCAUCUUGAAUGUCAGUCGUGCCGUCCAGGAUGGAGCAUUCAACGAAGAGUUAUCGGCCUAUCUCCACGGUGGCAAGGUCGAGCUGAUGCCCUUAGGCAAAUGCCACGGUCCUCAGAAAAUCCAUGUCGGCGCUCCGGGGAUGCUUGAUUCGCUACAAUUUGAGGCUGAUGACCUAGCGUGGGCACACUUGCAGCCCGGAUAUGUCGAGAUUGAGGUGAAAGCAACAGGUAUUAACUUUCGAGAUGUCAUGGUUGCCAUGGGUCAAAUCCCUGACAGCUUGUUCGGCUUUGAGGCCAGCGGCGUGAUCACACAAGUAGCGAGCGAUGUGACCUCCCUUCAGCCGGGGCAACGAGUUUCCUGUCUCGGGCACGGAGCACACAGGACUCACUACCGCAGUCCUGCUGCAUUCUGCCAGCUUAUUCCAGACGACAUUACAUUUGAGGAGGCUGCCGGUUUGCCGCUGGUACAUGCCACGGCAUAUCACGCAUUGGUCAACGUCAUGCGUGUUCAGAAAGGCCAGUCAAUUCUCAUUCAUGCGGCAGCAGGCGGUGUUGGACAAGCGGCCAUCCAGCUGGCACAGCACUACGAAAUGGAGAUCUUCACCACGGUGGGUUCGGCGGAUAAAAGAGCUUUGCUACAAGAAGUCUAUGGCAUCCCCGACGACCAUAUCUUCCACAGCCGCGACGCUUCCUUUGCCAAAGCCCUCAAACGGAUGACCGGCGACCGCGGAGUUGACUGCAUACUCAAUUCGUUGGCAGGAGAGCAAUUGCGGCAGACCUGGCACUGCAUAGCUCCUUUUGGCACGUUUGUGGAAAUUGGUCUGAAGGACAUUUUGGGUAACACACGUCUUGAUAUGAGACCUUUCAUCCAAGAUGCCACGUUCUCAUUCUUGAACCUCCAGCACGUGGCGGUGGCUCGGCCUGAACUUAUGGCGAGCAUACUCAAAGAGACUUUCGAUCUCCUCCGGAGAAAGGUGACUCGGCCAGUCUACCCGUUGACUGCAUUUCCCAUCUCUGACAUGGAGAACGCGUUCCGCAUCAUGCAAGCUGGUCGACAUCGCGGUAAGCUCGUCCUCACAUUCUCGCCGGAAGAUGUGGUCAAGGUGCAUCGCAAUCCAUCGGUGGAGUUGAAGCUCAAGGCCAACGGCACAUAUGUUCUCGUGGGCGGAUUUGGAGGAAUUGGGAACAGUUUGGCUCGCCUUCUUGUCGAGCACGGGGCCAGACACAUUUGCAUCCUGUCCCGCUCCGGCCCCUCGUCCGACGAAGCAAAGAGCUUGUUGGUGGACUUGAAGAAGCAGGAUGCAAUAGUUAGAGCAUACUGUUGCGACAUCACCAACGAAUCUGAGCUCGAGGAGGUGCUGCAGAUCUGCUCGACCGACUUGCCGCCAAUCAGGGGGGUGUUCCAGUGCGCCAUGGUGCUACGAGACGUUCUCUUUGAAAAUAUGAGCCACCAGCAUUGGACCGAAUCCAUCAGGCCAAAGGUGCAAGGAACUUGGAACCUUCACCAGCAUCUUCCCAAACAUCUCGACUUCUUCAUUAUCCUCAGCUCGUUCGCCGGGGUCUUUGGAAAUCGUGGUCAAGCGAACUAUGCAGCGGCUGGUGCUUACGAGGAUGCUUUUGCCCAGCAUCGACGAAGCCUGGGACUCAAGGCGGUUUCAAUCGAUCUCGGAAUCAUGAGGGACGUCGGAGUCUUGGCCACAGGGACCGCCAGUGCCAGUCGUGAUCUGAAAGAUUGGGAAGAACCUUUCGGAAUACGUCAAACCGAUUUACACGCUCUUAUACGCAAGGUCAUGGAGAGCGAGAUGGCCGGCAGUGACAAUGUCGAGGCGCAAAUACUUACGGGAUUUGCCACGGGAGGCGGUGUAACGGCUGCCGGCAUCCGACGUCCCUUUUACUAUGACGAUCCUCGAUUCUCGGUGUUGGAGUGGACAGGCUACCGAGCUAAGGACGGAACGGGCAAUGGGGAGCUAGAAUUAUCGCUGAAGGCUCGACUGACUGCCGCUGUCUCUCUAGAGGAUGCUUAUGAAGCAGCUACCAGAGGCAUCGUCGACAAGGUUGCGAACAUGAUGCAGACGUCGGUGGAAGAAAUUGACAGCAGUCGGCCAUUGCACACAUUCGGCGUUGAUUCUCUUGUGGCUGUCGAGAUUCGAAAUUGGUUGACCAAGGAGGCAAAGGCGGAUGUGACAGUCUUUGAUAUUCUGGCCGCAGUACCAAUUACGGCGUUUGCGCGAACUGUAGUCUCCAAGAGCGCAUUGGUAGCCAAGCGCUGA